UUCCUCAGAGCAUCCUUGGAUAACGUCGGUCAGUGUCGUUCCUCGACUCGAACAUCACGAAUCUACCAAAAUCUUUAGCCCAAUCGAUAUUUCAUGAAAAAAAAAUCACCGAUCGCGUUGAAUAAGCGAGAGAGAGGAGAAAGGCGACGAAGAACCUGCGAUUGAUCGUAAAGCGAUCGAUCAUUAUCGUAGAAAUAAAUAGCUCGAGUGACUUGAAUCGCCAAUGAGAACGCGGAUCGUUGCUGUUGGACUAAUAAACGGGCUUUAUUUUCGAUGUUUAUCGGGCUCGGUGCGCGCGAGGUUUGCAGCCGAUCGGACUGAAUGACGCGGUGAGUUUCAUUGAUGCACCGCCGUGAAUGAGGAAGGUGUACGGAAGAGAGAAAGGAGAGAGAGACCGGAGAUUUCGGUGGCCCCCUCGCGACUCUCGGAGGAUCUCAAGUGCCCCCUUCCCUCUCAAGGAGCGUGCCUUCCUCGCGUGUAUAUUCAUGCAGUGUGUGUGACAAUCGUUCGUCCAAUUGAUUGAUACAUCGAUUUUGGAAUAUUCGACCGUUUUUCCGACCGGACUUGUGCCUGUGCUUGUGUCUGUGUGUGCUUCUGAGUGAGUGACGAUCCUCGAAAGAUCGAGGGAUUAAGCGAUCGGUGAACAAAGAUUUUUAUCUUCGGAGCUCGAUCGUUAGUCCUCGUACAAUUAUAAACUCGAAAUUUCGGAUCAUCAAUUCAGCACUCGGGGAAGAAAUCGUCUUUUGUAACAUCGGAGAACGAACUGUCCUGAUGUAUCGUACGCACUGAUCGAGAGCUGUUCGCGGCUGUGAGAGGGAAAACAGCACGAAAAUGUCGUCGAAUACGCGAAAUCGCGUUGUUUUAGGAUGCUCGACAAUCCUCCUGGUGCUACUGACAGCGGUUCAAGGACGAAGUAUUCGAUUGGACUCCUUCAAUGCGGACGUAAUAAUCUCAGCCGGGGAAAAGCUCACACUGCGUUGUGUGAGCGAGUACGACGCCGAAACGUCCUGGUACAAGGGUGACGAUCUGAUAAAGCUGCCAACGACGAGGAUAAGAAUACUGAAGCAGUCGCUCAAGUUCAAAUACGUUAGAACGAGUGACAGCGGAAAUUACGCCUGUCGUAUGGACACCGAACGAACGACCGAAUGGAGAAACGUCACUGUUUACGUCGAGGACGUUCAAAACGACGGAUACGAGAGCGAGAACGAAGAUUUGGGCAGCGUCCUCGGUGCCCGACGACCCGACGAAGAAACUAACGAGUUGGACGUUGCCUCGCGAAAUCUACCAGAAACGCGUUCGCUUCAUCUAGAAAUCGAUCCCGAUAACGACAAAAACGAGAAUGGAAAAGCUGGUGAUCACAACAAAAAGGCACCGCCGAGUGCCCCGAUAUUCAACAAAACGGACGAGAUGCACGGCUCAAUCGUAAAACCAGCUGGAAAUAUGUUGCGUCUUCGUUGUCCGAGCACCGGGAAUCCAACGCCGAACAUAACUUGGUUGAAAAAUAAUGAAGAACCAAACCGUGCGGUGGGACCAAUUGUAAUGACCAAAUGGACGCUCAGAGUGGAGGAUCUCGUCGUCACUGACGGUGGAAAUUACACCUGCAUCGUGUGCAAUAUUCACGGUUGCAUCAACAAUACUUUCAAGGUCGACGUAAUCGAGAGCGUGAUGCAUCGGCCUCUCCUGACAAGGGCACCUGCGAACAAGACUGUUCUCAUUGGAAGCAACGCUACUAUGGUCUGCGAAGUACUUUCGGACGCCCAUCGACAUCUCGAGUGGUAUCACGGACGACACAUCAGUUUUGAGACCCUCAACAAAUCGAUGCAAAACUUUAGGGUCGAGGUUGAGGCUGGCGCAGCAGCUAAUCCUGAAGUUCUUACCCUCUACAACGUCACCGAAAAAGACGAAGGCUGGUACACAUGCGUCGCUGCAAAUACUCUUGGCGAAACUUUCAGUAGCGCUUACCUCGCGGUCGUGGAAAGUAUCGAUCCUCCGAGAGUCCCAGUAGCAACGAGACCCCAAAUAUUCCUGGUUCUCGCGGCGUUGUUACUCUGUUUCUUCUUUUUCCUGGGCGUAUUCGUCGUAAUUUACAUUUUGCAUCGUUUGAAGCGUGAGAAAAUGAAGAAGUUAUUAGCAAUUGAGACGGCUCGAGCGGCGGUAGUAACGCAGUGGACGAAAAAAGUAAUCGUGGAAAAGCAAAGUUUGGUUAACGCGCAAAACGUUCAAGAGCCGUUGCUCAUGCCGGUCGUUAAAAUCGAGAAACAAAAAUCUACGGUAACGGCCGAAGAUAGCAACGGGGGAAGCAGCAUUUCCGAGUACGAACUUCCGCUCGACAGCGCCUGGGAAUUGUCCAGGGAGCAUUUGGCACUUGGAAAUACUUUGGGCGAAGGAGCUUUCGGAAAAGUCGUCAGGGCUCAAACGAACACAGGGAAACCCGGAAUUCCUUGUGUCGUUGCCGUCAAAAUGCUCAAAGAGGGCCACACUGACGCGGAAAUGAUGGAUCUGGUAUCAGAAAUGGAAAUGAUGAAAAUGAUCGGGAAACACGUGAACAUAAUCAAUUUAUUAGGCGCCUGUACCCAGGGCGGUCCAUUGUACGUCGUAGUUGAGUUUGCUCCGCACGGAAACCUUCGCGAUUUCUUGCGAGAUCACAGACCUUCGUCGUCGGGUUACGAGCCAACGAUAAAUCAGGACGAAAAAGACAAGAAAACCCUCACGCAAAAGGAUCUCGUUUCAUUCGCUUAUCAAGUUGCUCGUGGCAUGGAAUAUUUGGCAAGUAGACGAUGCAUACACAGGGAUUUAGCAGCGAGAAAUGUGCUGGUCAGCGACGAGUACGUUCUCAAGAUCGCCGACUUUGGUCUCGCUCGUGAUAUUCACUGUCACGACUACUACAGGAAAACUACCGAUGGCAGAUUGCCAGUCAAAUGGAUGGCACCCGAAGCUCUCUUUCAUCGAGUUUACACCACUCAGUCCGACGUAUGGUCGUACGGAAUUCUGUUGUGGGAAAUAAUGACGUUGGGCGGUACACCCUAUCCGUCGGUACCGUCAGUCGAAAAAUUGUUCCAAUUGCUAAGAACCGGCCACAGAAUGGAAAAGCCUCCGUGCUGUUCGAUCGAAAUAUAUAUGCUCAUGCGAGAUUGUUGGAGUUAUCAACCGAACGAGAGACCGAUGUUCGGCGAAUUGGUCGAGGACCUCGACAGGAUAUUGACGAUAACAGCGAACGAAGAGUACUUGGAUUUGGGCCUCCCACAAUUGGACACUCCACCCUCGAGUCAAGAGUCGAGUGAAGCAGAGGACGAUGACGAUGAGGGGGAGGAGAAAUUCCCUUAUUUGCUCUGAAACGCGUUUCCAUGGAAAACCCCGACAUAACGUCGUUCGAAACUUGGAAAAGUGCAACGAAAACAGAACCGUGAAGAAUAUUUCUCGACUGUGUGCCCUCGUGUAAAGAAACGCACUAAACUUCAAGUGGAAGUGUAAGAACAUUGUAUUUUUGUACAAUUUUCCAAUGAUAAUGGACACUCUGGAAAAUUCAGUCGAGUUGAUCGUAACUAAAAAGUGCGUGCGGCGGUUUGAGAAACUGAAAAUAGCGACUGAAGAGUUGUGACGAUCACGCCAAAUAUAUAAAUAUGAAUCAGUAUUGAAACCAAGUAGGGCCUAUUCUGUAGGUUUUAAGAAGAGAAAAACAAUACGGGGAAGAAAAAGAAAGAGAAAAAAGCAACGAAGGCCAACGAAGUUGAAAAGAAAUAACGCUAAUUAGACGCGGCUCAAACCGGCCGUGAGUUCAAUCGAGUGUUAUGCCAUUGCAGAGUGCCUGAAAAACUGUUUAUUUUCUUUCGAGAGCUCACACACGCGCAAAAAACGAACGACGAAACUUAAUCGAACAUUUCCAUCGAACGGCUCUGCGAAAAGAAAACAAAAAAAUAUUUGAAAAACUGCAAAAACAUCGAUGUGGACGAAAAAUGUCGAGGUUUUUAGCAUGAAUUAUUGCUCCGGGUAUGAGGCACGCUUUUUUUUGUAUUAUUUCCAAUCACAAUGCGGAACAUGGAUGCAACUAUAUUUUUUCGCGCGUUCUCAACUAGUCAAUUUAUACAGUUCUGCGUUCAAUCGCCUCAUUUUCGUUUUUUAGGUAUUAGAUCGAGAAAAAAGCGUAACCCCUCGUCGCAAUUUAUUUCUGAAUGUGUAAAAAUGUUUUUUUUUUAAAUCCCUAUCGAAAUAUUCUUAUCGAGUAAGAUACGAAAUCACUUUUUCCCGAUCGUCUUCUCCGUUCGCCGGUUAAAUAACUAUUUUCACAGUUAUUUUAUCAUCGGCCUGAUAGAUCUGACGAAACGUAAAUUGUACAAAUUAUAUUCACUUUUUUCAUCGAUCAUUUUCGGUCGGAAGAGAAAAGCACAUGAAAUGUCAAAUUAAUUAUAUUUAUACAAAAAUAUUCGCUCAAUAAGGAGGAAAAGUUGACACGUUUUGAACGAACAUUAUGUGCACGAAACAUCGACGAAAUUUGUCCCAACGAUCAAUCGCCCAAAUAAAAAAUCGUUAAAUCCUUUUGAAACCAAUGGAAUCGGGAUUCUCGCUAUACGAAUGAAAUUUUUUGUACAGAUACGACUCGAAGUAAUCGAAAAAUAUUUAAUUGAUUUAGAAUUGAAUUAAUAUUUAUUCAGCAUAGAAAAGAAACCGUUUAACGUUUUUAUAGCAACUUCUUUUUCACGUACAUUUAUAGAUUUUAAGACAAAAUGAAAAAAACAAACGCGAAUGUAUUUGCACGGUAAUGUUAAAAUAAAUUUAUAUUGUUGCAGAGGGACAAACAAUCAUCGGUUUCUUGGUAAUUUGUAAAAAGCGUAAAGAUAUAUUAAUAUCAUUAUCAUUGUUAUUAUUAUUCAGUCGAGUUUGGUACUCGAAACAUAGAGAUAAGAAAAGUGUACAUAUUGACCGUGAAGUUUUUAAGAAAUAUUUAAAUAUUGUUCGUGACCGAAUAUCGCUUUCCUUUUGUAAGGAAUCGUCAAUGCAUCUUCACCACUUCUAUUUCAUUUCAUAGACAACGACUCAGCAUUUACAUAAUAGAAUGUACAACCGAGAAACAGAAACUACGCGUCGUGUGUUCGUGUAAAAUUAUUGUAUCAAAGUCAAUACGUCAAAUACAAAUAAAUAAAAUCUGUAAAAAAUUGUCAAUUUA